CCAAGACCCCACACAACGAUCCCCCACAAGAUCCAGGGCCCUCUUCAGGUCCCCCAAAACCUCAGAGCCCCCCAGAGCCCCACAAACCCCGGUCCCACAAACAGCUCACUCCACAAGCCCAGAGCUCGCAGCCCCACAGCCCCUGCAAGCCCACAGCCUCAUCUCCACCCUCCCCACACCCCGACACCCCCGGGCAUGGCUCCUCCAGCCCUCCCCGUCCUCCCGGGGGGGCCCGUCCCCCGGGGUGGGUAUUUAGGGCCGGGCCGGUGCCACCCGGCCCCCCUUGCCCCCCGCCAUGCUGAGAGUGCUGCUGCUCCUGGGGGCCCUGGCCCCUGCCCUGCCCGCUGGUCCCCACUGGACGUACGAGGGUCCCCACGGGCAGCAGCACUGGCACGAGGGACACCCGGAGUGCGGGGGCCGGGCGCAGUCACCCAUCGACAUCGCCACGGCGCGGGCACGGCCGGAUCUGUCCCUGCCACCGCUGCAGCCCGAGGGCUACGAGCACCCCGAGAGCCCCCAGCUGACCCUCGCCAACAACGGCCACACCGCCGUGCUGGCACUGCCACCAUCCCUGCGGCUCCGGGGGCUGCCCCACACCUUCACCGCCGUGCAGCUCCACUUCCACUGGGGCCGGCCCGGCCACGCCGCCGGCGCUGAGCACCUGCUGGACGGGCACCGCGCCCCCGCCGAGAUGCACGUGGUGCACUUCGAUGCCGAGCGUUUCGCCGAUGCCAGCGUGGCACAGAAGCACCCCGGUGGGCUGGCUGUGCUCGGCGUCCUCCUGGAGGUGGGAGAUGACCCCCACCCCGCCUACGAUAACAUCCUGAGGCAUCUUGGCAGCAUCCGCUACGCAGGACAGACGGUGGCCAUCCCCUCCUUCAGCAUCCAGGACCUGCUGCCCGCGCACCUCGACCGCUACUACCGGUACAACGGGUCCCUGACCACCCCGCCCUGCUUCCAGAGCGUCCUCUGGACCCUCUUCCCGCAGCCCGUCCGCAUCAGCCAGGCCCAGCUGGAGCAGCUCCAGGGAAGCCUCUAUUCCACGGAGGAGGCGCAGCCAGAGGAGCCCCAGCUCCUGGUGGACAAUUUCCGGGCCCCGCAGGAGCUGAACCAGCGCCUGGUGCUCUCGUCCUUCCCCAGCGAGCCAGAGGGAUACUCCACAGGUGAGGUCAUCGCCAUCGUCUUCGGCGCUGUCGCCGGCUGCGUCGGCCUCUUCCUCGCUGCCCACUUUGGGGCCAAGCGGAUGCGCGCGAGGCGGGCGCAGGCGCAGGACGUCGUGUUCAAGGCUUCCUCCCGCCGCUCCCCCAUGGACGUGGGGCACUCCCGCUGACUCCCAGGCUGGGCUGGGGGGGCCCACGCUGUUCCCCAGCCCCCUGCCCACUGCAAAUAAAGCCCUUUCCCCCUCUUGGUGGCUUUUUGUU